AUGUUCGCAUCAAAAGCAAUCGGUAGCGUCGCUGUGUUUGGCUCUCUCACUUGUUUCCCUGGUAUCGGUGUUGAAGAGAUGAUUUAUGGGGAGCCAAACACAGCAAAGGAAGCCUAUCGGCCGUACCACUUCGGUGGUCAUACACUUUAA